GAGAGAGAAAUAGAGAGAUAGAAAUAGAUAGAGAGCGUUGAUGAUGAAGAGAUCAGGAGAGGAAAAGGAGACAAAACCGAGAAAUUAGAGGUAGAAAUAAAACGUGCCGAGAGAUUCUCAAGAGUCACGUUAGAGAGAGAGAGAGAGAGAGAGAGAGAGAGAGAGAGAGAGAGAGAGAGAGAGAGAGAGAGAGGAGCGAUAGCAGCGUUUGUCCUUCUUGUGGACUCAGUUGUGUGAGCGGCUGGCUGACGGGCUGAACGGACGGAAGAAACUUGAGACAAUCACCACCGAGAUCCGACAUCCAGAGGCUGACUGAAGAUCAGACCUAGUUUCCUCCUCUGGCUUGGUUAUAUUUGGGAAUUGCGUUUCUCUCCUCUCUGCUCUGCUCUUUUGACAUCCACCACCAGAAGCUCACGUCUUUAAAUUGAAAUGACGGGUGUCCAACUCUCCGUGGGAGACUGAAUGAGACGCCUCGCAAGAGGAGUGGGAAAAAAACAGCAGAGCGAGGCUUGGUGAGAUAGAGGAAGAUAUUAGGCAGCGUGGAAAAAAACAAAAAAAAAGGGAGAAGGAGUGAGUGACACCUGCCCUCCAGCUCAGUGUGAAGGGCACGGAACGAGAGAGUGAAGAGGAGGGGCAUGAAAAGAGGGAAAACAGAGGAGAGAAUGAAGACAACCGGAAAACAAGGCCUGCCUCACAGCAAACCUCGCUCAAAUUAGGACGUCUCGCCACAAGACAAGAUGAUUACAAGAAAUCUGCUCCUAUUGGUCUCCCUGUGCCUGUGGGAGGGGCCCGCGGGAGGCGCCUCGGCCAGUAAGAUCGUGCGUAGGAGAGGAGUGGGCGCGUCGCACGUGCUGAAGCUAGGGGAGAGCAGAGCCGUGGACCAAUGGGACGCAAGCGUGGACGCCAAUGCAAUGCCCGUGGUGACUCUCAGAAACGUUAUUAGUCACGAGCAGGCGGCUGACAUUGGAUCUUUUUCUCAUUCCAAAAUAUUGCAGAAUCGUGCCGCUCCGUCAGCCGCUAACAAGGAGAGGCAAGCUUUCAAGCCCAAGCGCGAAGUCGACUCUGUCAAUAAAAAAGAAGCGACUUCGCACAUGUUAGCCAAUAACAAGGAGCUAAACCAGGAAGUGAAGAAAAUCAAGAACAACACCAAGAAUGCUGAGACUUCUACCAACAGAGGGAAGGCAUUCACGAUCCACCAUAAGCCAGAUCUACACGCCAAUAAAACCAGGUUUAAAUCAGGCUCCAGAUCCCGGAGCAGACCUGAUCUGAGUGUCCACACUACAGGCGUGCCAGGGAAAGGAUUCAGCAUAGAUUCGAACCGAAAGCUGAACCUCACCGGCAGCUACGGGGUUCUGAAGCUGCUGUCGAAAGAGAACCUAGUUAGGAUCGUCAAUUCCCAAAUGCAGAGCGUUCCCAGCCUGAGCUUUCCGAGCAAGGGCAGCCGGAGCAGGAAGAGAGAUUUGAUUGACGUUAAUCACAGACAGUUAGAGGCUCAGAAAGCGCCGAGACAAGAUAUGGCUGUCACUCAGCUCCACACUGGAUUUGAUAAUCAGACUGCACUUCCCUAUUUAAGCCCAGUCACCACACCGGAUCUUAAUCGUGACCAGGGAGCCAACACUCGUGUUAAUCCACUAAGCGAAGUCAACCCGGCUUUAAGUAAAGGGCAGGGCAGCUCGGGAACGCAGGGUUCAGAGAGCGGCGAUAGCAAGAGCAAACACCUCGUACGUUUACUGUCAACGCCUCGCAGCGAGGUUAGUCUCAGCCCCGAGAAAGAAGUAAUAAUCAGCCAAACAGAGCGGCCAUUUACAUCGACAAAACAUCUCCCGCUGUAUGUUCCCUCUGAAACAAAUGACUCUCCGCCGUCUGUGCUGACAAUGCGACCCCUGGGAGUGCAACCGGGGAACAGAGCCGCAGAUCCCCACAGAGACCCAUUAACAGAGUCAGCUUACACAGCUCAAACAGAACUCAGCACAGCUCAGUACCCCGCAGAUGAAGACAACCAACUUGUCAACAGCAGUCAUGUCCUGAGGCUCCACCCAGCCUCCGAAUGGAGCCGAGACACAAAAGACGCCGGGACGCAAGCUGUCGAUCCGGAUAACGGGAAGGGCCUCGUGUUCGAGGAGGCGGAGGAGUCGGAGGUGGAAGAGGAGGUGCACGACCGCAUGGAAGUGAGGGGGUCGCGCUCUCGCAGCAGGAGGAGCUGGAUCUGGAACCAGUUCUUUGUGAUCGAAGAAUACGCCGGGCCUGAACCCGUGCUCAUCGGACGGCUCCACACCGACAUGGACAGGAAUGAUGGACGCACUAAAUAUGUCCUGCGAGGCGAGGGGGCCGGCUCCGUCUUUGUGAUAGACGAGAAGACGGGUAACAUCCACGUCACCAAGCCACUGGACCGCGAGGAGAAGGACGAGUACCGUCUCAUCGCCACGGCCACCGACAGGCAGACGGACCGGGCCCUGGAGCCGUCGUCGCAGUUCAUAAUUCGGGUGCAGGACAUCAACGACAACCCGCCUAUCUUUGACGAAGGCCCCUACAUCGCCACCGUGCCUGAGAUGGCAAAUAUAGGCACGUCUAUAAUCCAGGUGACAGCGACAGAUGCUGAUGACCCGACUUAUGGGAACAGCGCCAAGCUAGUGUACACACUGGUGCAGGGCCAACAGUACUUCUCCGUCGAUCCCCAGACAGGUAUUCUGCGUACCGCUGUGCCCGACAUGGACAGGGAGACCCAGGACCAGUUCCUGGUUUUGCUCCAAGCCAAGGACAUGGGGGGCCACCUGGGCGGAUUAUCCGGGACCACCACCGUCACCGUCAAGCUCUCGGACGUCAACGACAACCCUCCACGCUUCACCCAGAGUAUGUGGUCCUUCUCAGUUUCCGAGCUGGCCAUCCCGGGGGCGGAGAUAGGGCGUAUCUCGGCAACCGACGCCGACCUCGGCGAGAACGCCAAGCUAGAGUAUACCAUCCUGGAGGGGGAGACGGGGGAGACGUUCAACAUCACCGGAGUGAACCAAGAGGCGGUCAUCACGCUCAACAAGGCGGUCGACUAUGAGAGCCGGAGCUCCUACUCCUUCUCUGUGGAGGUCCUCAACCCCAUAGUGGACCCUCGCUUCUUACGUCGAGGCCCCUUCAAGGACCGGGCCUCCAUCAGAGUAGCGGUGCUGGAUGCAGACGAGCCCCCGAGGUUCUCCCGAGCCCGAUAUCACAUGGACGUAUCUGAAAACUGCCCGCCGGCAUGCACUGUGGGCCGGGUCAGCGCUGUAGACCCGGAUACUGGUCUUACCAAUAAUAUCAGGUUCUCCAUUGAUCCUCAGUCAGACCCAGAAUCUCUGUUUCGUAUCACCCCAGACACCGGCCUCAUCACCACAGCCAUGGAGCUGGACCGGGAACGCGACCACUGGCACAAUAUUACUGUCAUCGCCACCCAGAGAGACAAUCCCAGCCAGGUGUCCAGAGUUCUGAUCGCAAUAGAGACAUUAGACCUGAAUGACAACGCGCCCGAGCUGGACCGGCAAUACAUGACGGCCAUGUGCGACUCAUCCUCCAUCGGGCAGGUGGUGCAGGUGUUGCGGGCGAUUGAUAGAGAUGAGGGAGGGAAUGACAGCACUGUGUAUUUCAGCAUCCCUCCGGAGUCCAGCGCUGCCCUCAACUUCAGCGUCAGGGACAGUGGUGGCCCCACAGCGAGCCUGGUGCUGCUGUCCCAGAUCCAGCCGCUGUCCCGCUCCUCAUCCUCCACCCUGACGCUCCACGUGCCGCUGGUCCUGAGGGACGGGACGUCGGGCCUCACCAGCACCGGGACGGUCACAGUGUCCGUCUGUCCCUGCCUGAGAGGCGGGGCGCGGGCCGGGGAGAAAGAGAAGGACAAACAGACGGAGGGCGAGUGGGACUGGGAGAGAGAGGCGGUGUGUCUCCCUCAGCAGUCCACGCUACCGUCCCCUGGGCUCAGCACCGCCGCCCUGCUGGCUAUCCUGGCUUGUGUCGCCACACUACUGGCGGUGAGUGCCCUGUCAUUGUCCCUGCGCCGUCAGAAGCGCGACUCCCUGUCACCGCUGGAAGAGGACGACGUACGUGAGAACAUCAUAACGUAUGACGACGAGGGCGGGGGCGAGGCCGACACGGCUGCCUUUGACAUUGCCGCGCUCCAGAGCGCCCCGCACAGCUCACGCUCACGUGGCUACCGCACGCUUGACAGCAGGAAUGUACGUUACGCCCAUCAAAACCAAGACAAAGCUCGCACCUAUAGCUGGGCUCAGAAUCCAGGCGUGGAGCACAACUACUCAGGACCAGGAGGACCUCUCUAUGGUCGCCUCUGUUACAGCAGCCACACGUUACCUGUCCUCCGCCGCGCACCAGGCGGAGGACAGGUAUUUGAGCCGGGCAUGGCAGAGCUGGGAUACCGCUAUCCUGGAGGCCCGCCGGACCACUCUCUGGUCAUCCAGAACCAGGGGGCCAUGGUGGGGGCCAUGGAGUCCGGGGCGGUGUACAUCGCUCCAACAGACCUCAGCAAUGGAAGCCGGACGGGGAGUCGCACGGGAAGCCGUGACGGGACCGCGCCCCAAAGUGGGGUAAGCACGUCGGAUGGAGGGACGCCGAGGACCAGUGACAGCCAGGAGAGAGGAGGAGGGACAGGAACCGCCAGCAACUGUACAGAGGGGAGCUGUGAGGACAAAGUGAACCACAAUCAAGAUGUGGACUGGGUGCAGUCGGAGACGUUACCCCGGGAGCAUCACCUCGUCAUGACCCGAUCGGGCUCCGUGAUGGGCCAGGGUCACGGCGCGGGACCCUGGGUUUGCGACUCGGCUACCCUCCCCCUGGCGGGACGCAGGGCAUCCCGCACGGGCUUGUCCCCAAAACGCACAGGCUCUGGUCAGGCCGAAUCUGACUCCAGCGGAGGAGGAGGGGGAGGAGGGGGAAGUGGAAAUGGAAGUGGGGGCAACUCCACAGAUGGACAACAACAACCUGCCAGUGGACGCAACUACGCUACUGUCCUGCAGGGGGAGAUAUCUGGACAGAGGGACUACCCCGGCAGCUUGGGGAGAGGAGGACUAGAGAUGGGGAGCAACUUUGUGGUGGCGAGGCCAGACAGGGAGGGCGGAGGGAUAUCAUCUGUCUACCCAGAAGCAGCUGGCUUCAUUGGGGACUGGCGUGAUCGGAUGGGCCUGGGGGGGUAUGUUUUAGGUAGGAGGGAUAUAUCCCCCCAGCUUUUUCCCUUCCCAGGGCAGCCCCGGGGAGCGUACGGCGGAGUGAUGGGCUUCGGGGGCGGCUGGGUUCCAGGAAUGGAGGCAGCGAGAGGAGUUCCGGGGCCCGGGGGUCCCUCCCUGGCGCUGAGGGUCGGCGAGUUCCUACGCCUGCGUCUCGCCCAGGUCACUUUUGAUCCGUCGCAGCCACCGUACGACUCUGUGCAGGUGUACGGCCUGGAGGGCACAGGGUCCCGGGCGGGAUCCCUCAGCUCGCUGGAGAGCGAAGGAGAAAAGGAUGCGGAGAAGGAGGAAUGGGGAGCGGGGCUGGAAGAGUGGGGUCCCCAGUUCCAUAAAUUAGCUCAACUCUUCAAAGACAGGGAGAAAGAAAGGGAAGAGAAGGAAAUAGACGAAGCGGGUGCCAAAAAUGAGAAUGAGAAGAAAGACGAGCCAGUGAAGCCGGAGAAAAAAGAGGGAGGGGAGCAGGCUGGGAAAGAGGGGAAAGACUGAGGAAUGAUAAAAAUGAAACAAAUAGGGGCAUAGGGGGUAAGAGGGAAUAGGAGGAUGAUGAAAAGGCAACCAGAGCUAGAAUAAUGUGAAGAGAAGUUAAAGGAGAGAAAGAUGAAGAGGCAAAGUAAUAAAAAGAGACAGAGAAAAAUGAGCCUAGGGAGGGCGGAGAGUGCGAGGGCAGGGGAGGGAGUGAUUGAUGUAAUUUAAAGCAAUAAGUGUUGAAACGCUGAUAUGGUUGAGCACAGAUACUGAGACAAUGCAGAGGCUGCUUCUGCUCGGGGCAGCAACAAUUUGUUAAACGCUUUGGACAAAGAAAAACAACCCAAACAUCCAAGACUCGAUUUAAUUCAACUCUCACGUAUGGAAUGAGAAACAGCGGGAAACAAGAAGAAAGACGUUUUCUCGUUGUGUGUGUCGGUCGGUCUGCUCUUUGUGUCCGCAUGUGUGUGUGUUUGUGUGAGGGGAGGGAUGCGCGGGCUGGUACGUGUGAGUGCAUACCUGUGCAUAUUUAACAAAAGACGGUGCAAUAGCGGCAGGGAGAAAAUCAUGAUACCCAGAGACAAUUUAAAGAUGAGACUGAUGUGCUGCAGCAUUAGUUUCCGGGACAAUGUGCAAGAAGAAACAUUUAACGAGGAAGUUUAGGAACUAGGAUAACACGCGGGGGGAAUGAUAUAUGUGUCUGAAUAUAAAGUGAGCGGGACAGGGGAUGGAUGUAUAGAGAGAGAAACGGUCGGGGGAGAAGUGAGACGAUUGUACAGAAACUGUUACUUUUUAUUCCAUCUGCAGUGGCAGAAAAAGUGAAUUAUUCAGCUCACUACUUCAUUCCAAAUGAAAAUGAUGAAUCAUUUAAAUCCUGCAAAAGAUUCUCCCUCCUCUCAGCCCACAAGGAAAACAGACAUUGUGAAAAAUUUAAGUGAUUUAAGGAUGUGAUCCCCCCCCAAACUCCCCCACCACCGCCACCACCACCCCUCUCAUCCCUCCAGCUUUUUGUAGUCGAGUGUUGGUAUGUUUACAAAGAUUCACACACACAAACACACACACACAGACACAAAAGAAACACCAUAAGGCUUUGAUUGUACUACAGUAAAUUAUAAAAGCAAAACCAUCCACGAGUAUUCCAUCUACUGCGUGGAGUAACGACGACUCUAUUAUUCAUCUGUUAAAUGUUUUUUUAUGGAAGAAAGUCUCCUAUUUUUUAUCCCCCACUGUAGUCUCAAUUGACACGUCUUCUAGGACAAAGUAUGCAUGAUUGUAUGUACGAACCUUAAAACGGCAAUCAAUUCCAUUUUGAACACUCGUACUCCCCCAAAUGAAAAUUUCCAUAGAUCUGUAAUGAAAUUAUAGGGGGAACAACACCGCAGAGACUCCCGCGACAGGCUUUUUGUUCUUGUUAAAGGUCAGGAUGCAAAUGAGCUGGAGUUUUCAGCUGGAAUGCACUUUUAUACUGUGUGAUGUUCAUCAAUAGAUAACGAAUUAUGUCUAAGAUUACAGUUGUUUUAUAAGAUGUCAAUUAAACAAAAAAAAAGAUACAAUGUUUGACUGUAUGUAAAAGCAUUUCAAAUGUAAAUACCACUGAAUAUUAUUGCUAAAAGAGAGUAUAUAAAAUGAAAAAUGAGUGAAAAAAAAAAUCCAAACGGAGCACUGUCGGGACUAUCUGUAUGUACUGUAGAUUAGAAAUGGAUUAACUGAGUUGGAUUUAACAGCCUCCU